GGCAUUCCGUGAAGAAAUCACACCAAAGAAAGCCGCGAUGGCGCAGAUGAUCGUGAUCAAGGUGGAGAUGACGUCCGACAAGUGCCGGUCCAAGGCCAUGGCGCUGGUGGCGGCCACGGUGGGGGUAGACUCGGUGGCACUGGCCGGGGACGGCAAGGACAUGGUGGUGGUGGUCGGCGACGGCAUCGACUCCGUCAAGCUCACCACUGCGCUGCGCAAGAAGGUUGGCCACGCGCAGCUCGUGCAAGUCGGCGAUGCCAAGAAGUGGAAGACACACGCCGCCGCCACCCAUGUUGUCGAGUACCCGAGGAACUACUACCAGUACCCUCCGCACGCCGUGCCGGUUUACGAACACCACGUCGGCGCCUAUGGUUACCACUCCCCGCCCAACACCUGCUCCAUAAUGUAG